AUGAUAUAGUCUCUGACGUAAAUAAAAACAGUGAAUGUGAUCAAGUAGAAAAAUUAUCAUGCAACUAACUAUUUUAAAAAUUCUUUUAAGAUAUUAUUUUACCAUUAUAAUUGUGGAAAUAAGUAAAUAAUAUGAUCAUAGCUUUCUCAUAAAAUAAAUCCUACAUAAAUUUCACAGUCUAUGUUUCCGUGAGCGUAUGUGAUUACUUAAAACAAGUCAAGGAUUUCAUGAGUGCCAACUGCAGGAAGGGAGAGGGCGGACUGGCCAGGAGGGCCGCGAGGUUCCAGGACGCCCCGUGCUCCGCCCCGCCAUGCACGGCCUACCACGUGGCCCGGUUCCCCGGCGCGGUCGCCCCCAGCCGGCACCCUUUCAACUCCUCGCGGCCGCGCAGCACCGUGGCGGCGCGGAGCAGCACCCCCGGGCCCGGGACGUACCACCCCGACGCGAGGAGGACCACUCAGACGCAGUUUGAGCACAGCUUCGGCGGACGCAAGGUGCUGCGGCCGGUGGUGGAGACACGCUGCCUGCUGGGGAGGAAGGCCAAGUGCGCGCAGUGCGGCUGCGAGCCCACGGGGGACUACUGGGAGCACCGCGGCGGCACGGCUCUGUGCCGGCCCUGCAUGGCCGGCAAGCAGGCGGCGGCCAGCGACCGGAGGGAAGCCCUCGCGCUCAGCCAGUACAAGAAAGUACGCAGCUGCUGGAUGGUGCACCGCCAUGAAGGCACGGUGGCCGCCAUCGUGCUGAUGGACCCUCGCAGCUUGCGCAGAUUGCAGGAGAAGGAAGCGUACUUCCAGCAGUACUUCGCGUGACACUGCACUCCCGCAUACGACGAACACCUGUCCGAUGUCACCCGUCCCGAGACUGCAUCACUGUGCCGGCUCUACCGAUCUCACACACACAUGCGGAAGGGCAAAAAAAUUUGCAUACUCGUAUACUUAGAAUUUAAAUCAACAGAUUGAUACUGUUUCAAGCUGAAAACGAACCAACCGUUUGUAAGGUAUUGAGAUGAUGCAUUAAAGCAUUACUUAUCACUUUAUAAUACAUGUUAGAUGUUACUAAUGUAUAAAUAGUAAGUUAUAAAAUAACAUAUUUUAUAAAAAAAAUUGUAAUAUGAGAAUACAUUUUGAAAAAAAAAUUUACAAUGAAA